UUCUUUGUGGGGUUUUCACUUGUCAGAACAAGCAGAGGCACAACGUCAGCAGAGUCACAGACCAGAGCAGGAAGAGAGGGACGGACGGAUUCAGAGAGAGAGAGCCAAGGUGUGAACAGAGAAGGCUAGAGAGCGAGUUUGAAGAGUUUGAAUUUCAGAGGGAAACACAAGAGAGAGAGAGAGAGAGAGAGAGAGAGAGAGAGAGAGAGAGAGAGAGGAAGAGAGAGAGACACACUCACAGCUGAGGGGUGUGUCAUAACAAUUUAGUUCCUCAAGGAAGUGCAACUCAACAUUAUCUUAAGACAGGGUGACAGAGGCGCAGCAGGAGGGCUGUUUUUCAUUUUUGAGGUUUUUGUUUCUGCUCGUGCUGAAGAUGAAGGGAUCUCAUUAAAUCGACCGGGUCCGAGCUGUCAACCUGAGGCAGAGCAGAGGGAGAGAGAAGAGACUUAUCUGACACAGACCAGGAGGGAGAGGGGACUCAGCAGCGCACACGCUCACACAGGGAAGUCACAGCGUUUGUAACAAAGCAAGCAAGCUAUUAGAAAAGUGACACUUGUUCAAAAUGAAUGGCUGUGGGCGUACACAUGGAUCCCAGAGAGAGAUCCUAUAAAAGAGACGGCGUGCUCGUUGUGGAUGUUGCAGCGGGGAUCGCAGUGCACACCAGAGACGGCGAGAGCCACGGUAACCAUGGAGUCCUUCAGCUCGAGGGACUUGGCCAUGAGGGUGCAGAAGAAGUUCCUCAGCACCAUGGCCACCAAAGGCUCCGUCCAAAUGUUCAUCGACGACACCACCAGCGAGAUCCUGGACGAGCUGUACCGGGUCUCCAAGGAGUACUCGGGGAACAAAUCCGAGGCCCAGAAGGUGAUCAAAGACCUGAUCAAGAUCGCCGUGAAGAUCGGCGUGCUGUUCAAGAACAACCGUUUCAGCACAGACGAGCUGGUGGUGGCCACGGACUUUAAGAAGAAGCUGCACUUCGGGGCCAUGACGGCUAUCAGCUUCUACGAGGUGGACUUCACCUUCGACAAGGUCGUGAUGGCCGAACUCCUGACCAAUUGCAGAGACCUGCUCCUGAAGCUCGUCAAGAGCCACCUCACCCCAAAGUCCCACGGUCGCAUCAACCACGUGUUCAACCAUUACUCCGACCCCGAGCUCCUGACCAAACUGUAUGAGCCCGACGGCCCCUUCAGACCCCACCUCACCAAGAUCUGCAAAGGACUCAACAAACUGGUGGAGGAGGGGACUAUAUGAAAUAAACGUUUUAAAAAAAAAAAAAUCAAGUCAGACACUGGGAGAUCUACGGGCGGACUCACACAAGACUCAGAACUUGAUGGAGGAUUUUUGUCCUACGUCUGCCGAGGACUGGCGACGUGAGGCGAGAGAUUUGAGAACAAAACCAACGCCCCUUGUUGUCCUCAGAGAACAAGUGGGACAAAAAUAAAGUUGUUUUUUAUUAAUCUGAAAGGUGAUACAUGCUGUGUUAGUGUGACGUACAUUUCACAGAAACUGGUUUAUACUUCUAUAUCAGCUGUUUUUAUUAGAUGAUGUCAUCAUGUGUUUAAUAUGAGACCUUGAAAUGUUCCAAACUACUGAUGUUGUGUAUUUUAGGGAGGAGUUUAAGUGCCUGUGCAGAUUGCAUAAAAGGAAACGGACGGGCAACAGUAUCACUGUAACGCAGCACUGCCAUCUAGUGGUCAAGGUGAAGCUUCAGCAGCUCAUUGUAAGGUAUUCACUGAGGCGCACUGAGUACAAGGCCGACAAUAAAGCGAAUAUCCCCACAGAGACGAUGAGCGACACUUUGUGUUUCCAGCUUCACAACAAGAAGACUCUUCAGUGGAGAAGAGUGAACGAGCAGGAUUAACCCUACGAUUCAUAAUCACAGGUCAAAGUCUUCUGUUUUGCAUUAAAAAAUAAAGAGGCAACACAAUCAGA